AUGUCACGAAAGACAGAACAUCUGGAGGGCAUCUUCGGGAUCUGUCAGGCUCAGCUGGUCCUCCUGGGCACAGGCCUGGCCAAGUGGAGAGCAGCCCAAAAAUAUGCAGAACUAGAGGUUUGUCCGUCGGGGAGGAGACGGACCGGCCCGGACCGUCCUGGGCGCGCACUAACGCUGCGGCUCUGCGCAGUGGACGUGACUCUGGAUGCGGCCUCCGCGCACCGCCUGGAAGUGUCCGAGGAUGGCAAGAGCGUGUCUUCCCGCCGGGCGCCGCCAGGCCCGCCGAGCGACCCGCAGCGGUUCUCGGAGCAGACGUGCGCGCUGAGCCUGGAGCGGUUCUCCGCGGGCCGCCACUACUGGGAGGUGCACGUGGGCCGCCGCAGCCGCUGGUUCCUGGGCGCCUGCCUGGCCGCGGUGCCGCGCGCGGGGCCCGUGCGCCUGAGCCCGGCGACCGGCUACUGGGUGCUGGGGCUGUGGAACGGCUGCGAGUACUUCGUCCUGGCCCCGCACCGCGUGGCGCUCCCCCUGCGCGUGCCUCCGCGGCGCCUGGGCGUCUUCCUGGACUGCGAGGCGGGACAGCUGUCCUUCUUCAACGUGUCCGACGGCUCCCACAUCUUCACCUUCCACGACACCUUCUCGGGCGCGCUGUGUGCCUACUUCAGGCCCCGGGCCCACGACGGCGGCGAACGUCCGGAUCCCCUGACCAUCUGCCCGCUGCGGGUUCGAGGGACGCGCGUCCCCGAAGAGAACGACAGUGACACGUGGCUGCAGCCCUACGAGCCCACGGACCCCGCGCCGGACUGGUGGUGAGGCGCCCUCGUGGCCGCAGGACUG